CUGGAUCGCUGGGCUGAUUCACAAAAUCGCCAGCCGGCGGGAAGUGUUGUGCAGACAGAGGGGUGCAGGAGCUGCGCUGUGAGGCGCUGCAGGAAUGAAAGGAAAGACAUUAUUCAUAGUCAUGAAAUACACUAUUUGGGACCUGGAUUUCAGUUUUACAGAAGAUGUAGAUUUCAUCUUUUAUCCGUUUAUUGAUUACGAGUGGCCAUUGGAAACUGAAUUCCACCAAAUAACAGAUUUCAGUGAUCUGCCUACAUCUCUUUUUGCGUGCAGUGUUCAUGAAUCAGUUUUCGAAGAAAAGGAUGGGAAGGGUUUGUUUGAGUCACUUUUCCUUGCCUAUGAUAACCAUGUGACAUUCCAGCUCUUUAAAAGCUUCAGACGUGUGAGAAUAAAUUUCAGUAAUCCCAAGGCAGCUGCAAGAGCUCGGAUAGAACUUCAUGAGACACAAUUCAGGGGGAAGAAACUAAAGCUCUACUUUGCCCAGGUGUCCAAUCAAGGCACAGAUGGGGAUAACUUACAUUUGGCUCCUCCUCAACCUCCUAAACAGUUCCUAAUUUCUCCACCAGCAUCCCCACCUAUAGGAUGGAAGCAACCAGAUGAUGCCACACCUGUAAUUAAUUAUGACCUCCUAUAUGCAGUGGCAAAAUUGGGACCAGGAGAGAAAUAUGAGCUUCAUGCAGGAACGGAGUCCACUCCUAGUGUUGUUGUCCAUGUCUGCGACAGUGACAAUGAAGAAGACGAAGAGGAACCAAAAAACUGCCCAAAACCAAAAAUAAUUCAGACAAGACGCCCAGACCUUCCAGCAGCAAAGUUUCAUUGAAGAAGCUGGCUGGAUGUGUGAAAAGUGAAAGAUGGAACCAUUUAAUUGUUUCAAGCAUUUUCCAUUGGACUACAGUCUUUGGAUUUAAAUAACGCCUUGCUUCCCAUGAAGACCAGUUGGAAGGGAAGUCACUUGAUAUCUGUGCAUUACCUUGGUAGUCACUCAUAGCCUUCACUGUGCUUUCACUUUAUGUUCUAUUGUUAAUCCAUCAAGGAAAUGUUUGGUUUCAAUUUGGAUUCAAUUCCAGAGAUACUUGAUAAUCAGUGUUGGGCAAACAAAUUGCAUGGCAUUUAAACAGUGCCUUUAAUGGAAUUAGAGUUCAUAUAAAAAGGCCUGCUGUAUCGAAAGUACUGCUUAAUCUUCCAAUCACUGAAUGCUGCUUAACACUGGCAGUUUAUCAAUAUUAUUUAUCAGUUAGAGAUUUUUCUUUUAGGGCAUGUGGGUCAUUUUGUUAAAACAAAACUUGGCUGAAAUGUGCAGCUGCAUGGCAUAUAUAGGCAUUUAGCUUGAUACCUACAGUACACGAACAUCUUGCUGAUUACUGGAAGUGGCAGUUUGUACAAAUGCAUGCACUGACCUUAACACAUUAUUGGCAUUAUCUUAACUCUCUCCUGGAGAGGGAUGCUAAUCAUACAAUAUGCUUUACUGGUAUCUUGUGUUUUUUUAUGACUAACAUUUGUCAUAUGUCCACAAAUUACAAAAUGCAGUGUUUGCAUUUAACUGUCAACUGUGUGUUGCUUUCUAUAACUGUUUUUUAUAGUUUGAAACUGUAGUGAGGUUUGUACGCUGCCAAAUAUUCAGCUAUUUAAGAUGCUACAAGGCAUUCUUUAUGAAAUAGCAACCAAAAAAAAACGCUAAACUACAGAGAUGUAGCAGAUAGCAUUUAUUUUUAUCGUCCUUGUUCAUCUAUUUUUAAAUACAACAAAAUAGAUGUGUCAUUUUGCGGAAAUUGAAUCCUUCGUCCUUGUUGACAAUUUGGAUUGUUUUCCCGACCAGAGAAACAAUUAGCAUAAGUUAUACAUUAGUGGAUAAACUGUAUUGUUAAGAUACCUGUAAACAAUGAAGGGUAUUGGUGAAACAUGAACUCAUACAUUAUGACAUUGUUCAACUGUAGAAGUGUGGAACUGUUACACUAGUGAACCCCAAACUGAUGUGUUUGCUGCCACAGUGUUAUUUUAAGAUCAUCAGUGAGCUACGUCAUCAUUUUUAGCACUGUUUAAUGUUAACAGCAGUAGGUGAUUUAUGAUACUUUUGCAUACUAUAGCUAGAUUUUUUUAUCCAGCUGCCUAUUGUUUAAAAACAUAUAACUGUCACACUUCAUGUCCCCUUGUAAACUGUAUUGUGUUUGUAUUUAAGUUUAAAUGAGUUUUUUUUAAUUGUCCAUGAUUGACCUAAUACUGUUUAACAAUGUUGUUUAACAUUUAUUUCCGUAAAAAUCAUUAGAAUUUACAAUUGCAAGAUAAUGAAAGGAUACUUUGAAAUCUUUUACUUACCUUAUAAAAAGGGUGGUUGCUCUACAGCUCCAGGAAAUUCAGUUCAAUCCCAGACUGACCGCUAUCUGUGUGAACUUUAAAUGUUCAUGCCAUAUUCUUCUCCAAUACUCUUGUUUCCUUGCAUUGUACAAAGAUGGAUUUUAGGUGACUUUAAAUUGUUCCCAUUUGUGUGAGUCUGGGAGUUCACAUGAAAGGCAUUUUAAUUUGUUGCUUUUUGAUUUCAUCUCUUUUAACAUAAGUAAUCUAGCAACAUGCAUGAAUAGCAAUGAAAAUGUGUUUUUCUUAACAGAGGACUGAUAUUAAGAGUUCAGCUUUCGUGCCUGCCAAAAAUGCAAGAAAAUGCAGAUUUACCUACUGUACUUAAAAGUAUGUUUUCUACCAUAAUAAAAGAAUUGUAUAAAAUGCUUGCUUUUAUAAAUCUUGUUGAAAGUAGAGAAGUAAAUAAUGACAUAAAACACAGAUCCUCUGUUUUGUUUCAAUGUUUAAAAUGCCUUGUACAUGUAAGCAACAUUAUAUUGGUACAGGGUAGUGUCAUACUGCAUACA